AUGCCAGGAGGGACGCCUUCCUCGACUGCUGCUGCUGAAGUGGCUGUUCUACGUGGUAAGAUCCAUAGCAUGGAGCAAGAGGUGCAGUCCUUGAGGACUCAGAGGGACAGCGUGAGGACAAUACAGGUUGAGAACGAGCGUUUGAAAAAUCAGAUUGCUAGCCUUAUAGAGACUGCCUCUAAGGAGAGAGCUCAAGCCCUGGAGCUUCAAAGGGCAGCUCUUGCAACUG